UCGCGUUAGAGGAUUCUGAAAGGCAUACCUGUGGGGCACGUUGCACGACUCGGUGGCAGAAGAAAGAAGUGACCAUGUCGUACUCACUAAUAGACGACUCUCAAUUUGACAUUACCCAGAAGCAAUUGAUCGCGAAGGCGCGCAGUGAACCCGGCAUUCACAUAAUUGACACUGGGGGAACUGAAUUGUGUCGCCACAAGAAAACCUUUUCUCGACUUUUCCCGAAGACAAUAGUGGACGGUGUGACACUAACUGCUGUUUUUCGUUAUGAACAUGGUACACAAUGGACACGUUACAGGGUGGAAGAUCCAGCUAAUGCCACGACAUACAUCGAAUUCUUUGGUGCGACCAAUGCAGCAUAUAGUGUCGUCAUCAAUGGUACAACGAAAGAGACUCAGCCUUGUUCAGGGACUUUUUACACCGGAACCCACGUACUCCACUUUAAAGGCGUUAACGGACUAAUAGAAUGCGCACUCGAUGGCAAGCAGGAUUGGACUUACCUUACGAAAACUGCCGUCACGUCAAUUAGGAAGCAUUGCAUGAAUGACGCCUUGGAAACGGGCUGUCCGUAUUUGAUCGAACAUCACCAGACUUAUUCUGCGGACGCCGCCGUCAAGGUGUUUCCUCACGGGUCGGAGAUGGCGAAGCCCGAGGCAACCUUGUCGCCUGGCGGCCUCGUCGUCUGGGAAGGAGACGCUAGCGGCCAGGUAACGGUGAAAUACAACAACAUCACCCUCUUCAACCGCGCCAUCAAUAAGCAGAACAUCCGCAUCACCAUGGAAGUAUUCCUGUUGUACAUUCUGAUCGGAGUUGAUGAUGAAGAGCCCGUGAAAAAGGAUAACCCGAAGGCGGGGUUGAACACCAACCCUAUGUAUAGUCUCACCAUCUCCAAGGAUAUAAAGUUGAAGAACUUCAUUCUGCAAACCGGCUCACGUGUGUCCACGUACUUCUGAAAGGAAGAAAAGGCAGUGAGGACCAGUCGUGCUCCCAAAUAUGUAUUUCCCCCCAACUGUGUGUGUGUGUGUGUGCGUUUCCCCGAAUGAGUCCUCCAGAUGAUCCGAGUUAGCACUACAAGUCAAUAUUUUUCUUUUAUUAAAGAAAAUUUCUCGUGUAACCCCUCGUUUGCUUUUAAGAAAUGCAGGGCGUUGCACUCAGUAUAGCCCCCAAAUGCUUCAACAUACUCUACAUAACAUGCGAAUACUUACCCUCAAGUUCAUUGGAAUGUAGUCACCGUUCAUAAUAGGCGAUGUACAUGCUGCGGAAAUGACCUCUUCAGAGGUCCAGGCAGAAACCCUGCGUGAAUACCACCUAAGCAUGUCCAGCUAGCGUCGUGCGCAUAUUCGAAUUUUUCGAGUAUCGAAGCGAAUAUUUACAUGUUAGACUCGAAUUAUGGUACUCGAAUUUCUAGUCGAAUUGAAUGCUUCUUCCACACCGAGUAUAUUCGAAUAGUUGCCGCGCAAAAAAAAAGAAAAAAACACACGCAAGAACAAACAAUUAAUCUGGAGCGAUACCGCCAGAGACACUGUUUGAGUGCACGAGGAGACUCGUCCUAUCCCUUUCAAAACGAGGUAGCGCAGCACUCCGUUUCGUCCACGAAUGCACCACCUUCUGAAUACAUACUGACAAAAAUUUGGCGCUUCAAUACCGCUGUAAAUUAAAAUAUAUGUGUUCUCUUCUAAUGUUUCUGCACUUUAUUUCCACUCUCCCUAUAUGUGCAUACCGUUCUAUUUUGCAACUAUUCGCUUCAGAUUCGCUUCGGUUCUCCAGUUAUUCGCUUAGUAUAUCCAGCGUUGCAAAUGGUGCCGUGAAUGCAACGAUCUACGUAAAUAUGUGCCCUGGAUAAAAUUGAUGGAACAAUUAACGCGAUAUAAUUAAGCGCUUUUCUGCCUCCAGAGCAGGAAAUUGUUAACAAAUUGUGCUUUAGUCACAUGAUUUUAUAUCACCAGACAUAUGUGGUGGUCUAUUUCAAAGUCAAUUGUUUUCAUUCAUAAACGGGGAUUACGUACAUAGGCGUAAAGCGUGAUACGCAUUCCUUUAUUCCCACGUAGUGAGUCCCGAAUGGGAGAAAUGGUCGCGGGAUUGCAUUCGUUCCUUAUACUUUUUGAUAAGAUAAGUUGAUAAGUUACUUUUUCUUUCUUAGAAUGUAUGCACAAAUUGUUUCUUUGACGGGCUAUACUACCUGAUGCGACACCGUCCCGCAGCAAAAUGAAUUCAAGGCAAGCGACGAUUUAGAGAAACGCGGAAUGGUUAGACCCGCCAGGUUCGAACAAUUCUGAAUUGACUGCAGGACACUAAUAUUCCUCCGUUAAAAACAAACAAACAAAAAAGGCUUGGUGACAGUACUUCGAUGCACUUCUUUGUCUUUUAUCUAUUUUUUUAAAUCUGAAUCAUCUGAUGAAUUAUCGAAUGGUGAUCAAGAGACAGACUCGGUGAUGUUGGUUAGGGCUCAUUGUGCGGAAAAUAAAGCAUUCCAAAAAGCA